AUGGAAACAGUGACGUUGAUUCUUAAAGAGGAUUCUAAAGAGAAGCGAUUCGAAGUUCAGAAGCAAAAACUGAUGGACAAGAGUCUAUAUUUUGCUGCGCUCUGGUCCGCGGACUAUCGAGAAUACGACCAAACGGAACACACUAUCAAUUAUCCUCACAUUUCCUCGCAAAUGCUGCAGGAUUUCAUCUAUUGGAUUCAGCAUUAUAAAAUAUUUACAUCUGCGACGAGAUAUGAUGAAAAAGAGCUCAUUCGUCUUUUGAAUCUGUUGGAUCUAAGCGUUCUGUUCGCAGCAGAUAAAUUAAUAGAAGAUAUAACCGACAAGCUUGAGAGACACUUUAUGUUACCAAUAUAUGCGAUUAAAAUUUGGUUACUGGCACAAAAAUUAAAUGUUAAAGUGCUACGAGAUCUUUCAUUGGAUGUCUGCUUAGAUCGUUUCAGUGAACUGCCACUCGAUUCAAUUUAUGACUUGUCGAAGGAGAAUUUUCUAAAACUAAUUGGAAACAUUAAUAUAAGAGCUACAGAAUCUUAUUUGGUUGAUGUUACACGCGAGUGGAAUAACCGUCAUCAUAAAGAUUUUACAGUUCCUUUAAAUAUCAUCGAGAAUAAGGAAGCAAAAAUUUUAUACGGUAUUAUAUCUUGUGAACAUAAUAACCGUGAACAAUAUAUUCAUUGCUGGGAUGGUAAUGAUUUUUUCGAGCUAACUUCAUUCGAAUAUCCUCCAGAUAUUAUCGAACGUUGUUCCAAGACUGGUAAUUCUCUUGAAGGAAUGCAAAUCACUGCCAGAAGUAUGCAAUACGAUUUAUAUCUUUGUGGCGGAGAAUAUGGCAUUGGCUCAGGAAUUUUUAACGAAAAUGUAUGGCGUUAUUCUUUGAUAUCUAAGAAAUGGAUUCUUGAGGCAGAUAUGCCAGUUGAAAGAAGACAUAUGAUUACUGUAUUUUUGAAAGACAAAUUGUAUCUUGUGGGCGGUGUGGGACGACAUGAAGAUGCACUGGACACUAUUGAUAUUUAUGAUAUUUAUACAGGUGUUCAAACCUAUUUUUUCAUCUAUUUUCCUGAUGAGGAUAUAUGGAGAACCCAAGAUGCGUUGUAUUCGAUUAGAUUAUAUUCUGCGGCAAACGAUGUACCAAUACUGACUAAAACUAUGUCGUGUUAUAUUGAUGUUGCUGACCGAGAUAAAAUGGUUUUAAAAACUAUCACAGAGACAUGCAAUGUGGAAGAACCUAUUCUCAGACAAACAGAUCCACUCAUCGAGGUGUACGCGUACCCUUUAAUAUUCACGAAGUGA